UCAUAAUUGGUUGAACAAGCUUGAAUAAGUAUGCUCGAAGCACAAUCCAUGGCCAAGACAUAUAGAUAGCUCAUGUCUCCCACUCGGGCGUUGAUUUGUCGAAAUGAUGAAUAAAUCGGGAGUAUUAUCAAAUCGGGUUUAACCAUAAAUGGUCAUCCUACAUGGUUCCCGUGGCCAGUUUAUCUUUAAAUUGGAUAUGGUCGAACUUAGUCAAACACAUUCGAACAUGUAAGUUUUAACUAUUUGAUCAGAUAAUAUGAACCAACCAACAUAUCUCAAUUCGGCUAGACGAAGCUUGACCCACUCGUUGGACCGAGUCAACAGUUGGAGCCGAUUGGACAAACUCUCAUCGGAUAUCAAAUAAUGUCUUACGAAAUCAACACAAAAAUUAUUAAUUAUUCUUAUUUAAUUUUUAUAAUAAUUAUUUUUACUAUUGUAAUACUUGUAAGUAUUAUUAUAGUAUAAUGAUUACAUGAAAUUUUUUAAUCACAACAAUUAUAGAACAUAAUCAUACAUAAAAACACAACGAAAUAUACUAAUAUUAUCUUUUAUUCAUUCUUCCACUCUUUCUCUCCAUUUGCAUUCCAAAUUGGAGGUUAAUGAGAAUAGUGUUUUUUCCUCCAAUUGCACCCCCUAUUACUAUUCAUAAUUAUCCAAAUAAGAAUAAAUACAUUGAAAAAUACAUUUAGCCCCAAACUUGCUACCCUCCCAUUUACCCAUCCCAAACAUAGUGAAUGCUUUCACCUAUUCUCACAAAUUGCCCCAUAAUCGAUUGUUGUAAUUAAUCACCAUUAUCAUCAUAUCGUCGCCUCCACCAUUAGUCUUGUUUACAUCUAACUUCAGUUGUUGAGGGAUAAGAUAUCUAUUAACGAGAAACUUUGGGGUUUGCUUUAAUAAACUUAUGGUAUGCUUUAUGACUUUCUAGUAUACUUCAAGGAACUUGUAGUCUAGAUUUAAGAAACUUGUGAUUCCAUAUACAAACUACAGUUUGAUACUUAAACUUAAUAAAAUAUAAGAUUUAUUAUAUAAAGUUAAUUUUGUUGCAUAUAAGUCCUAAAAAUUAUGUAUUACAUUUUGAUAUCUAAAAUUUAAACUUUACAAAUAGGACCACAUGCGUGUGCUCCCUAAUUUUUUAUAAUGACAAGUAUGUCCCUUCAUUUCGAAGUGUGAUUAAUCCCUUAGAAUAAAAUAAUCACGAAAACAAAAUGUUCUUAUCGGCUGGAAUUAAUGUUAGCAUGUUGCUAACAAAAACAAAAGUGUUAGCACCUUAACCUCUGUCUUGAUGUUAUUUAUUGUAAUCAAGUAUAACGUUUGGAUGUUGACAUAAAAUGUUGCAUUUAAAUAUGGAUAAUUUUUUAGAUAAAUUGUUUUAAAAUAGAUUAUAUAAAUACACAAUUCCACGUAUAUUUUGUUAAGCCUGAUAUAUAAAUCGGUUAUGCCCUGGUUGGACCAUACAAGUUGCUAAACCGGUAACUGUAUAAACCGCUUAGACAACGUUGAGAAACACAUGAUCUGCGAAAGCAAAUGGCCUCUUCCCAGUAAGUCCGUAGCGAUACAGAAUCCAUAAGUUCUCCAGAAGAACCAACAAUUGGCUCAGUCUAUCAUCUCAUCACCAAGUUGGUCACUGCGUCCGCUGCGGAAGGAGAGAAGACAGUAGCCGCAGUCAAUAUCACUCCUAAAUCACAGUAGAAGCAGAGAAAUGGGAAGGCGGUGGACGGUCGGCGUUUUGAUCGUCCUCCUGGGGAUAGUUAUCGGAAACAAGCAAUUCGGCUCUCGUUUUGGCUGGAACAAAGACGCUGCAUUUCACCUCUUAGCUCAAUGGUCCGAUCGACUGGGCAUUUGGGCCAUGCCUCUGUACGUUGCGGUUCACACCCUCACCCUCGCUCUCUGCUUGCCCUACGCCGUUUUCUUCGAGGCGGCUGCUUCUCUCCUGUUCGGCUUCUUCCCGGCGCUUCUCUGCGUUUUCUCUGCCAAAAUCCUGGGAGCUUCCCUGUCCUUUUGGAUCGGCAGGCUAGUUUUUCGGAGAUCAAGCUCAGCAGCUGGGUGGGUACAGAAGAAUAAAUACUUCCAUCUCCUUUCAAGGGGAGUUGAGCGAGAUGGUUGGAGAUUUGUCCUUCUGGCACGCUUCUCACCUGUUCCCUCUUACAUGAUAAACUAUGCUCUGGCUGCCACUGGAGUUGGCUUCUUGGUGGACUUUCUGCUCCCUACAGUGGUUGGCUGCCUGCCUAUGAUUCUGCAGAAUACAUCCAUUGGCAGCCUUGCUGGUGCUGCUGUUGCUUCUGCGUCUGGUUCUCAGAGAUCUAAGGUUUGGUCAUAUUUGUUUCCCUUGCUUGGAAUUACAUCUAGCAUUAUUAUCUCCUUGAGGAUUAGAAAGUACUCCUCUGAAUUUGCAAAGGUUGCAAGUGAUCCAAGUGGUAUUGCUGACGUUGGCAAUUCGUCUCCAUCCCUACGUGGCAAUCAAGGUAAAGGAUCAUGAGAAAUCAACACCUUGAGCGAGUUAGUAUUGACAGUUUUUCCUCCGGCAGUUGCUGUUCCAAGUAAUGUCUUUUAUUAACUAUAGCAAGAUAUAGUAAAAAAAUUUCUGUUGGAAGUCACUCAUUAUUUCAAUCCCUGCUUUGCGGACCAUAUUUGGUGACUAAGAGAAAUCCUUUAGUCGAUUAUUUAUUCUCUCUCUCUCUCUCGAGCAUUACUUGAGUAAGAAGUAAAUAGUGUAUUUGAAAGAGUUGGUAUAACAAGGCAGCUGACUACCUAGUGAAGAAAGGUCAUUCUUUUAGUUUUGGCAUUCAUGGGUUUCAUUAUUUAGAUCUAGACUAGGUUAUGUUUGACGUUAUGGACAAUGCCCAAUCUCAUAACUUAAGUAUAAGUAGGCCUGUCCAAUCGGUUUCGGGUUAAACCGAACCCGAACUGAAAACACAGAAGGCGGAUUUCAGGCCGAGUGGAGAUAAAUUCUGUCUGUUAAAGUUCUUGGCUCUCCAUAAGCGAGCUGAUCACUUAAAUUUUGCUUCCGUACCAAACAAAGUAAUCCUCAAACACGCCGGAUUAAGUACGUAAAUCAUAUAAUCAUGAUCACAUGCACUCGAGAUUUCCUGACAAACUUACUUCUUCCCCGACCUUCCUCUUCCUUUUUUUGAUAAGGGUGAUAUAAUAUUAAGAAUAUCAAAAAGGAAACAAAAGAUACAAGGGGAGCAGGGGAAACAAACCACCCCAGCAGAGACGGCCAAACAACAGAAAACCAGAGCCACUCCUCGACACAGACCCAAGGAAGAAAAGGCUAUCAACAGCAGCUAGCCGAAUGAUAAUGUUCGAAAACAUAUUGAUUUUAUGUGCUCAAUGUGAUUAUUAUAUGAUAUAUUUGAGAUAUAUAAUGCUUGUUUUAGAUGCAAUUGUCUAUGGAAUGGUUAUCAUACCAUUAUCACCAUGGGUUAGUAUGUUGAUAUAUUUUAGGUGGACAAAGAAGAAGGCAUAUGAGAACAAAUAGAAAAUUUGAUGCAUAGGCAGACCUGGAGGUUCAACAGAGACUAUGGACAAGGAACCGAAAACCAACCUGGGUUUGGGCCGCCAGCCCAAAUUGAUAGAAAGAACAGGCUUGUUGGAUUUGGCGGGCAGGGAAUCUGUUUCCCUGGACAAAUGACAAGAGGGAAUUAAUUCCCUGGGACACUUUGGGACGAGAGGGAGCUGGGCCUGGGGGGAAUUAGAGUGGGCCACGGAAAUAUUGGGGACAGAGAAUUGUAGAGAGAAGGGAUUAAUUGGAGGGGCCAUUAUUUGGAAUUCGGGGGGACACGGAAGCGGGAGGAAAGAAUUGGGAAAGAAUUUCUCUGGGGAACAGAGGCGCAGCGGAAGCAGGGAAAGCAGAGGGCGCUUGGCGAUCGAGAUUUUUAAGGCUGUCUGAGCUGAGUUCAACGACGAGAGAGAUUAGUUGGUUGGAUUUUCUGAACCAAAUAAGUUGUUUAUUGUUGAUUUAGAAUAUGAUGAUCAAAACUUUAUCGAUUUAUCUUAUUUUCGUCAUGAACUAAACCCCGAUUUCUGGGGGAAACACCAUAGGAUGUAGCUAUUUCUAAACUUGAUGAAUUGAUUCAUAUUUCUUUUCUUCCAAUCUCUAUUGCAUGAAAUUACUUAAUGCUUUGUGUUGAAUGACCACCAAUACAUUGAUUUGUUGUUAAUUAGGUUAUUAGCGACAGUGAAACCCUAAUAACUAAACAUAUUUCGUGUGACAUAGUAACUUAUCGAAGCGACAGUGGAUUAAAUAAGGUGCUAUGCGGUCUUAAAUAGGAUAUCGUUCUUCAGGCUAAAUAGUUAAUUCUUUGAGUUACGACAGUAGGAUUUGAAUUAAUUGUUUAGUACGUAGUAAUUCCCGACAGGGAUAGCUAGCACAUUCGUGAUAUCCUGGCUGUAGAGAGUUGGAUUAAACUGAUUGGAAUAUG